AUGACGAUGAAUAACAUCAGACGAAAUCAUCAUCAUUACUACAGCAGUCAAUAUUGUUGGUGGAGAGAAUCAUCUCUGACUGUCAUCUUUAUACUGCUGCUGUCGAGUCUUGUACUGUUGAAUGGACCAAGCACUCUCAUCACUGCACAAAGACCUGGGCCAUUCAAUCCGAAUAAUCCGAGUGGACCUCCAUCUCCUAAUUUUCAAGAUGAUUCUACUCAACCACAAGGAAUUUGUGCAAAUGGCUCAACAACAUGGGAUCAGGAUAUUUGUACGGAAACUAGUGAAUUGUCGUCUCUUUCGAUAAGACCUAGCUAUUGUAAGAAUAUUAAUCCCUAUGUGAUUCCGUAUCCUUUCAGUGAUCAUGAGUUUAGUGUCAAGUUGAGUCCUGAUUGUUAUGAUUACAAAACUGGAUUGAAUUCAAAUGAUAUUGAGAGAGCUGAGUGUGAAACAGUUAAAUCAAUCAGUUCUGUGGAGUUUGGACCUUUUGUUUUGCCUGAUUUGAAUGUUACAAGUAAGAGAUUUUCAUUGUUUGGAAUGAAUACUGGUGAAAUCUAUGCAAUGGAUUUUAACACGAAUGAACUUUUCCAAUUUGAAAAUCAAACCAGUGACCCAAUUAAGAAAUUGGAUGCCUUUGUGUUGGGAUUGAACAAUACUGCAGCUUAUAUCAUCUCUUCGGAUGGUCAACACUCUUUAAAAGUUCUCUAUUUUAACUAUCUCAAUAGAGAAACAAGUGCUCUAUGUGAAAAAAUUACCUAUAACGAAAGUGUUGUGGAUUUUAAGAGUUUGAAUGUUGAUGGACAAUUAUACUUGGUUGCUCUGACAUCUUCCUCAUUGGAAUCUUCGACCAAAUAUCUUAAAUUCUCAAAAAUGGAUGAAUAUUGCAAUAUUGUGAUGAAUGAAUUUACUUAUUCUAUUCAACCUCCAAAAGGAAGCUCUAAAAUUUCAUUUGACAUUUUCACACAAGCUAUCAACAAUACUGCUUCCUAUUCUCCUUCUAUUUAUACUAGAUCUUCAUCUAUUCCAACCAGAAAUAUCAUCUCUGUACAAACAGAACAAUCAGUUUCAGUUAUCAAUUUUGUCACUAAAGAUUUGAAUCUUGACUUGCAUAGUAAUUCAACAUCACCAUACUUGGUUUUUACAACCAAUGCUGGCAGUGGUCAACACAUUACCAGUAGUUCUUUCAUCACAGAAGAAUUGAGAAGAAUUGAUUUUGCUACCAAUUCUUCAACAAGUUGUUCACUUUCUGAGGGAGAAUUGAGAUUCCCUUCACAAGAAGUUCACUUACUUGUUACUUUAUUUGAUGGAACAAACUCAACAUUAAUCGUUAGAAAUUUACCUGAAUUUUCAGCAUUUACUCUCAAGAAUUUAUCUGAUAUGCUAACUAAUGAACAUCCAUUCAAUAGAGAUUUUGCGUGUGAUAUUGCUGCUGGAUAUUACCAAUCUGGACCUAAUACUUGUGUUUUGGCCAAUGAAUAUAGUAUUCCUUUGGAAGCAAAAGCUACUCAAGUUCACUCAAGAUUCAUUGAUAUUCCUGAACUUAUUAAGGAGUAUUUGGCUCAAGUUACAACAGAAAGCUCCAAGAAUACAGAGCAGUUCAGAACAGCUGUUAACUUGUUGUGUAUUGUUAGUGCUGGAGGUGAUCCUAUGAAUCCAAACAGACCAUUCGAUCCAAAUAGAUAUAUGGCCUGUGUACAAGCUUUGACAACAAGUAUGGGAAGUGUCACUUGUCAAGCACAAGCAUUUGGAGCUUUAGGAACUGAAAAUCUCAGACAAUUGAUGAACGAUUAUUUGCAGUACAACGUUUUCAUCACUAUGGAGAAUAAUGCCUUGUUAGUUUUGGGAGUUCAACAAAGAUUUUGUGAUCCACUCUCAAAAGAACUUAUCAUUAAGCCUUUCAACAAGUUGCAACUCAUUGGCAGAGCCAUUAACACAUACAUUUCUGGCAAUGGUCAACAUAUCUUCAUAUCCAUAACAAGGAAAAAAUGGGAAAUUGAAUCAUUAGCUAGAUACAAGGAAAUUUGUGAUAUGUUGGAAGAAGACCCAGAUAAUAUCUUCCUCAAAGAUUAUAGAACUUCGUGCAUCAAAAAUCCAGCCAAACCAAUCAAUAUUAAUACCUUUGGUUUCUACCUGUCAAGUUGCUUCCCUGGCAUUUAUUGUCCAUCUUUGACAAAGAAUGAAUUGCAAGCAGUUCCUGACAAGUUUUACACUGAGAGACCAAAUACACUCCUUCCAUGUCCUAUUGGCAGCUUUUGUACAUUGGGUUUCAAGAGAGAUUGUAUCACUGGCUUUGUUUGUGAUAAACCAAUGAUGGUUCUUCCAAAACCAUGUACAGAUAACGAUUACAAUUGUUAUGCUAGUGGAUUGGCUGCUCCUUUUGCUCCUUCCAAGGGAACAGUAACUUUGGCUCCUUAUUUCCCUACUCUUCCGAUUGCUCCUGGAUUGUACAUUGAGAGACAUAGUGAAAUUGAUUUGGAUAUUAGAAAGUGCAGUGUUGGAGAUUAUUGUCCUUUAGCAAGAGCUCUUGAUGUUCCAACAUUUGGAACUGAGAAUGUCAGUAUUUUGGACUGUCCUGCUGGUACAGUCUGUUCAGAUCCCUUUGUUAUUACACCAAAAACUUGUUUUUACAAUGGAUCAUACAGCAGCUAUUGUCCAACAGGAACUUCUGAAGAAUUGCCUUGUCCAGCUGGACAUUACUGUCUAGGACCUUCAUCUAUUAAGGAAUGCAGAAGAACUCAGUACUGCCCUGCUGGUACUCUGAUUCCAACUGCUUGUCCUGGUGGCUACUAUUGUUCAACUCCUUCUGAAAAAUUGAUUUGUCCAAAAGGUCAUUAUUGUCCAGAAGGAACUGUAAUGCCUCAUCCUUGUGGUUGGUUGUCUUUGUGUGGCGAAGGAAAAUCCAAUGUUGACUUUAAUAUUCUUGGUUUCUUCUUUGUUUUCAUUUGUUUAAUGUUAGUUGUUGGUAUUCACUCGCUCAUUAAAUAUGUCAGAUCUGUUAGUAAUAAGAAACGUGAUUUGGAACAUCAAGAAGCUGCCAUGUUGGAAAUGAAGGAAAUGUCAGGUGACAAUACCAAUUCUAAAGAUGUAAGAUCUGCCUAUGCCUCCAAGAACUUGAGACAAUCUUACGGAGAUAGCAAAUUUGGUGUCAAUAUUGCUUUUGAGGACUUGUGUUUAACCAUUGAACAAUCUGGAAAGACAACUAACAUUUUGAGUGGUGUCAGAGGAGAAAUUAGAAACUCUGAAUUGUUAGCAGUUAUGGGUUGUUCAGGUUCUGGUAAGACCUCUUUCAUCACAUCUCUUUGUGGUAAAGCAUACUAUGGUAAUGUAACUGGUACCAUCAAACUGAAUGGAAAUGAAGCCAGUUUGACAAAGUUUAGAAAGUUGACUGGAUUUGUGCCACAAUUAGAUAUCAUGCAAAGUCAAAUGACUGUUUAUGAAACAUUGUACUUUGCUGCUCGAACUAGAUUGGAUAAGAGAAAGACCAAUGAGCAAGUAGACAAAUUUGUGUCAAGUUUAAUUUCCAUUCUUGGAUUGGAUGAUGUCAAACACUCUAUUAUUGGUGAUGAAAAGAAGAGAGGUAUAUCAGGAGGUCAAAAGAAGAGAGUGAAUAUUGGUCUUGAACUUGCAGCAGCUCCUAGUGUUUUAUUUUUGGACGCUUCUACAUCAAGAGAAAUUAUUGAAAUUCUUAGAAAUGUUGCUGUUAAUCAACACAUUACAGUUGUAACAGUUAUCCAUCAACCUAGAUAUGAAAUAUUUGCCAUGUUCCACAAGGUCAUGUUGCUAGGAAAGGGAGGCAGAGUUGUCUAUUGUGGUCCAAGCAUUAAAGCUGUGGAAUAUUUUGAGAGUAUUGGAUUCAAAUCUCUUCCAAAUGCUAAUCCUGCUGAUUAUAUUAUGGAUGUUAUUUCUGGAAAUAUUGAAAGAGAAGGUGAUCCUGAUUUUAAGGUUGAAGAUUUGUUUACCAUGUGGGAAGAUCACAGACAUUUGUAUGAAGAAGAUUCCGCAUUGCUUUCACCAUCAAGUGCUACCUCUCCAAUUAUUGAGAGGGAAGAUGCUGAUUCUGUGGAAAAUUCUGAAUUAAGCGGACCUACCAGUGUUGAUUGUUCCUAUGAAGUAUUUAAGAAGGAGAAUGACAAUAGAAAGAUCAGUUACUUUACUCAAUUCAUGAUGUGUUUGAAGAGAUGUCUCUUCCAACUCACUAGAGACACUUCUGGAUUUGUUUUGGAUGUUGGUUUGGUUUACUUGGCAGGUCUCAGUAUUGGUGUUAUUUUCUAUGAAAGUAGAUAUAUUGGACCACCAGCAACCGAAGUGAUUGAUCAAUGUCCUGAAGUAAUGAGAUACAAAUGUUCCCUUCCAGUUAAUGAUCCAAUCAUGACUAUGGCAUCUAUUCUUGGCUUAGGUUUGGCACUUUGUGGAUUGAUGAGCUCGCUGAGUAAUUUUGGAGAUGAAAUCACAGUAUUUAUCAGAGAGUACGAAAGUAAUAUAUCUCCAAUGAUGUACUUCUUGGCAAAGAAUCUGAUUCAAAUUCCAAUCAUUAUGAUUACACCAGCAAUCUUCAUUUCCAUCUUUUAUAUUAUCAGUAACCCUCAAGGAGAGGUUUGGCAAUAG